GGUCGGUCGGUCUCAGUGAUCUGCACGAUGCCGCCGUGAUCGGAACGGCAUCGCGUACUUUUUCCUGGUGCGACACGCACACGCAUCAUCACGUGGCACGCACACACCACGCGUUCGGUUGCCCUGCCUCCUGCGGCGCGAGGACCACGUCCGACAUCCCUCGCACGCGGCGUCCCUCGCGCACGAAGCUUCUCACAACCCGAGGGAGCAACGACGCCCGCCGACGCCGACGACGACGACGAUCACGCGCGACGACAAAUGCGUCAGUGAUCCCGCCGCCGGAUAUAUGCCCGGAGAAGUCCGAUAUGAGUACAGACGGAAGCACGUUUUCCGGGAGAAGAUGACCCCACGUCGUCGCGUCUUGGCAGGAGUUCGCCGUGCUAUCUUUGCUGCCGGUGUCCUGGCACUUAUCCUUCUGGCACUGUCUUGCCAGGAUAGCACCAACACCUUGCAGCACGGCAAUUCACUGGAGGACGCGAACCUAACACCGGAAGAGAAAAUGCUGGAACAGAUCACCGCGGCGGAAACCGAGCAACGUUUAAUAGCUAGACGGAAAUUUCUGGCGGAAAGAUGCGCCGAGGAAGGACUCGAUCGUCCUGGCAACGAUUCGCUUCACAGGCCGAACGCCUGGGAAUUCCUUGUAAAUAAAGAAUAUCAUCUUAUAUGGUGCAACGUUUUCAAAGCGGCGUCCACGUCGUGGAUGUAUAACUUUAACUUACUUGCGGGAUAUAGUCCGCAAUUCCUGAAGGCCUCCAAGGCAGUGCCAGUUUCGCUGGCUAGACAGAGAUAUCCUAGGCCCACUGCGGAAGAGCUAGCUAAAUACUUAAACGAUAGCAUCAGUUUUUUGAUAGUGCGACAUCCGUUCGAAAGAUUGCUCAGCGCUUACCGGGACAAAUUGGAGCACAGUCUGCCACACACGUUUCACAGCAAUCUCGGUGCACACAUAGUUUGGCAUUACAGAGCAAGGGAUCCGAAGACGAAUACGAGGCAAGGACCGAGAUAUCCGCUCUUCGAAGAAUUCGUACGAUGGCUGUUAUGUCAGCGGAGAGCGGGAAACGAUCUUGACAUGCAUUGGACGCCAGUUGUAAAUUUCUGCACACCCUGCCAAGUGCGAUUCGAUAUAAUAGCUAAAUUUGAGACUCUACAUGAUGAUCAAGACUAUCUUAUAAAACAAGCGCAUGUGGGUCACAUCAUCAAACCCGAGUGGAAAAAUCCAACUAGAGGCGUCCAAACAAAAGAUGUUAUAAAAAAUUAUUUCACGCAAUUAUCUAAAACGCAAAUCAAUGAGCUCUACGAGAUGUUCAGAUAUGACUUUGUGUUGUUUGAUUAUUCACCUGAAGAGUACCUAGCAUUUGGAAGGGAUGAAAUAACCACAUUGACAUGCAAGUAAUUUGAUUACUUCGUCCGCACUUGAUUGACGUACGUCCAAACGUAUCGUAAAAUCUCUAAUCUGAUGAUACGUGUGUCCAAACGUAUCGUAAAAUCUUCAAUCUGAACGACAUAUAUAUACAACGAAACUGUAGGUAGCACUUAAAUGAAUUUGGAAGGAGAGGAAGUUAUGAUAUGUAUAUAGUAACAAUCAUGCCGUCGAUGCAUUUCUUACAUAGAAUUUAAAAAAUUGAAAUAAUACUUAAUAUAUGUUCUGGUUUUAUAAUUUAUAAACUGCAUUGUCGCAUUAAACAUUUUGAUAGUGUGCAUAUGUUAAAGUUUAUCAAAUUGUUGUACCAACUGUUUUAAAGAAUAGAAGACUUAUGAUAAACAAUAAUGAGAAUAUCUUGCAAAUAUGAAUAAUAUACGAUUUAUUACUUGUAUAGUUAAAUUAUUAAGCAAGCUAAAUUUUUACAAAUUAUCAUAUCUGAGAUCUUUGCUAUCUAAUCACAUUUCUUAAAUAUCUUACGUUUUAAUAAUAGAUUGGAUAAUGAAAAUUACUAAAGCCUUUAAAUAUAAAAAUGCAAUAAAAUUGAUCUAAGAGAAAAGUCUAUAUAGAUUUAAAAAAUGUUGUGACAUAAUUGAAAAGAAUUUGUGAUAGUUUCAUUCAGUUUUGCAUAAUGCAAUAAAAAUAUCUAACUGUGCUAUUGAAUUGUUCCUAACAACUGCACAACAAUUCUAUAAUUAAUAAUAAUUUGUAUACGCAUGAUUAUGGUAUAUAAUAUCACUAUAACAAUAGUAAUAGUACUGCCUCAAGGAAAACAUGGUGAAAAAUGUUGAAAUAAUUAAUUUAUCACAUUGUACAUGUCACGUUAAAGGAUGCAGAUAUUUUGUAGAAUUAAAUUAUCUCAAAAAAAUUAUAAAAUGUAUAUUUCAAAGCACAAAAAAUUAAAUUAAUAAAGAAAAACAGCAUAUUUGCAUGAUAAUGUUUUGCUACAGUAAAAAUUGUUGGUUCAAAAUAAUUGGAUAUUUAGAAUACUUAAGUCCCAAAUGAAAUAUUUACACAUGAUUGCAAAAUUCAAUUAUUAAAUUUGGAUAAUACAAAUAUUUCAACUUGCAAUUACAAAUUUCUAUAAAAUAAAACACAUUGUUGAAUAAAAAAGAUUUAUACGAUA